AUGAUCGUAGUCAUAUUAUCAUUCACUAUAUUAAAUCUCAGUUCCUAAGUAAGCGCAUAACCAUAAGAGUCAAACUGUAACAUAAUUUCUAAAAGUCUAAAUUCAAAAUAGGCAUCCUAAUUUGAAUAUAAUCUGAAUGCAAUUCGCAAUCAAGUAGCAAUGGGAAGAAGAGCAAAUCAUAAGGGCUAAAUUUAACCAGCAUCGGAUAUGCAUAUCGCAACAUGGUCUUAAGAACUAGCCAAAUUAGCUUAAAAGUGCUCUGAAACCUGUCCAGAACAUCCUCUAUAUUGUAGACAUGUAAAUAUUCAUUUUACUUAGUAUAAAGCGUAAUAGGGAUUUUUGAUUCAUAAGUAACUUGUUCAUACAGACAAAUGGAACAUAGACCCAGACUUGAUUUUAAAUGAAUGGAUGUAAUCUAAACAAUCUUCUCAAUAAUUGCUUUAAUCAAUGUUAUUUUAGAUUGGAUGUGGAAAAGCAAUGAGCUCUAAUUUAGGUGAAUAUGUCGUAUAUGUUGUAUGUUAUUUCGAUUAUGUAUGGAUUACAUCAUGACAUCUUAUAGCCUAAUAAAUAGGAACCCUAUAGGCCAAGCUCUUCCUUAAAUGUUGCAAAUUCAUGCAGAUUAGGGAGAUCUUCAAGUUAUACAGCUUUGUGCACUUCGCCUUAUUAAAAAGAAUAAGGAGUAAUGCAAUUAACAAGGAGACAUAGAGAAAUUGUAUCGAAAUGA